AUGGCGCGAGCAGUGCUCUUAUUAGUGUUCGCCGCCCUCGCCUCCCUGGGGGCAGCCCUCGGCGACGGCUGCUGGCUGGAUUGCGAUCAGGCCGACGCCGACGGCGCGGCGGCGAUCUGCGCGUCGGAAGGCGGCGCGCUGUGCUCGCCGUACGAGAUGCUCGCGGACGAGGCGACGCGCUCGACGAGCGAGUGCGACAUGUUCGAUUACGCGUGGACUGACGACGACUCCUUCACGUGGUCGUCGGAGUCGCUCUCAUGGAGCUGCGGCGCGGGCGAGCGGCUUGCGUGCGUCUCGAACGGCCACCCGGCGUCGACCGAUUGCGCGUGCUACGACGAGAGCACGCAGCUCGACGUGCGCUGCUGCAACUGUGACGGGAACGACGACGCCAUGGCGGCGUGCCUCAGGUGCGUGAACGAAGAAUGCGAAGGCAACGAGCCGCACUCGGAGAUUUGUAGCGAUUGCUUCGGGGAGGAUUGCGACGAGUGCGGCGACGCCGUCGGGGAGAGCGAGCGCGAGUCCUUCGUCCGCGGGGGCUGCGACUUCGACGACGGCUCGGAGGUAGGUAACUGGUUCCGGGACGAGGCCUGCGGGUCCCUGCGCGGCUGCGAAGACGAAGAGGAGCGCCGCUACGAGCCCUGCGACUCGAACGACGACUGCGAGGGCGAGUGCAAGUUCUGCUACGUCGACGAGGACGGCGAGGGGCAUUGCGAGCUGUGCUACUACCUCUGGCGGUGCAACAUGAUCCCCUGGGACGACGAUUGCGACGAGUUCCACGAGGGCACGUGCGCCUAUCAUAACGAUCAGAACGAAGAACUCGAGGCCCGGCAGAACUGCGAGGCCGUCUGCGAGACCGGGGGCGAGAAGACGUGCACGACGAGCUACUACCGCUCCGACGACGAGGUCGCCAGCAAGGAGGUCGCGCGCGAGUACUGCGGCGCCGACGGCCUCGCGCGCAUCGAUUCGUUUGAACAGAACGUCAACGCGCUGAGCCAGUGCGACAUGGCCGUGUGUUGGCUCGACCUGCAGGAGGUCAACCACGGGGGUCGAGCAACUGUCACGCACAACGGGACCUGGGUCUGGUCCGACGGCUCGACGCCCGCAUAUCUGAACUGGGACAGUCAGUCUGGCGAGCCCCACGACUGGGAACACGACAAGGCCGACGCGGUCAUGAAUUCCGGCGACGUCCGGGGCGGGGUUUACGAAGGGACCUGGUUCGACGCCCCAAACUACGCGCAGUCCGCCUGGUUCGACGCCUGGGACCUGGACUGGCCCCACGCGCUCUGCAACAACAACAACAACAACAACAACAAACCAGGCGACUGCGCCGACGACAUCUACCUAGCGCCGUACAUGACGGGCUGCCCGGAGGGCUACGAUUUCCCGGCGACCGAGGGAGCCUGCCAACGAGCCGCGGACCUGAGCUCGGGCUACGAGUACGGCGGCGCCGAAGGGCCUUACGCGGAAGAUCACCCGCCCUGCUUCUGGGAUGGAGAUGAGGAAGAGCUUUGCUGGACGCGGCCCGCGCGGGGCUACUGCCCCCAGGUUAGCGAGGAGUGGGGCGACCUCGGCGCCGUCUGCGUCCGCGUGGGCGGCUGUUUUGAGACGAUGGGGUGCCAGGGCGGCACGCCGCGGCCCACCAUCACGCCAGCCCCGACGCCCUCGCCGGCGUCGUGCACGGUGCGCGCCUACGAGAUCGCCGGCUGCACCUGCAACCCCAAGAGCACGUGCGAGGGAGGCAUGCACGACGGCUCCGAUGAACCCUGCUGUGGCACGAACGGCGGAUACUGCGGCGUCGAGUGGCGCGGCACGGACGGCGCAGAGUGGAUCGACAUCCACGACGACGCCUGCAGCGGCACUGACUUCUUCCGCGUCUCGCCGGGCUGCGGCAUCGAGGUGAAAACCGACUCGGGCGACCAAAACGGUGACAUGCGGGCUUACACUUACAACGAAGGGUCCGUGCUCGUGUGUGGCUACGAGUGCGAGUGUCGUGCCACGCCGGGCUGCGAUACCGUGCGCUACUUGCGGAUUUUCGCGACCGGGCCGGCGGCCUACGACCAGGGCGACGAGGACGAGUGCGAGGGGGACGAGGACGACGACGACGACUGGGACGAGGACGAGGACGAGGACUGCGACAUCGAGACGUCCGACGACCGCAGCUCCUCGCCAAGCGGCACGACGAAUCACGGCGCCGGGAAUGGGUGGUGCUACAGCGACCUGGACGAACACGUGGGCUGCGCGGCGUCGCCAGGUGACUGCUGGGCGAUGUGCCUAGGCUACUACGGCGACGGCCUGGUGGCCAUCGACUGGGGGGACGGCGGCGACUGCUACUGCCAACACGACUGCGAGUGCAUGGAGGACGUCGGCGACAUCGGAACCUACCUCAUCACGCGCGACUCGAGGGUCGGCGCGCUGCCGCACGAAUGUGGCCCCGACGAGGGCGAGGGCGACGAGGACGAGGACGAGGACUGGAUGUGGGAGAACGGCUGCCGCCCGGACUACUGCACAUCCUGGGCCGAAGACUGCUGUGCCUCGAUGAACUGGGGCGAGCCGGCCACCUGCGCGAACGGCUACUCGCCAUGGCCGCCGAGUCCGGGCGACGACUGCCAAUACACGUGCUGCCCGGCGUCUAAUGGAUUUGCCAGCGGCGGCGGAUACGAGGUCAGCGGCGGUCCAAUGACGUUUGGUUCCUGCGAGAAUCACUGCGCGAGUCUGGGCGGCACUGUGGCCUGCGUGACGUCGGACGCCGACGAGACCGCGCUCGAUGCGCUCCGGGCCGAGGCCACGUGCGGCGAAGUCUGGGUCGGAUUCAACGACGCCGACGGCGACGGGGCGUGGGGUUGGCCUGCCGGCUGUUCGUCGGCGCGCGAGUACGGAGAGUGCGACGGCGGGCUGUGCGAGUACCACCGGGGCCACUGCGUCACCCUCAACAGGGAUGUGGCAGAAUGCUCCGAAGACCACCAAUGUUGUGCCUGCUCGAUAUCUGGGCAGGCCAAAAGUAAAGACGACGGGCCGGACGCUGCGUCUACGUCCACGAUCAUAGCGUCCGUCGCCGCGGCGGUGUGCCUUGUGCUGAUUGUCGGCCUCGGUAUCCUGUAUUUAAAGAUUCAGCGGCUCCAGCGUCCGGAUGCGCCCCUGGACGCGCCCGUCGUGGAAAUGGCCACGUACGGACAGACGAUGGCCGCCCCCAGCUACGUCCUCAAGGCGGCGUCGGCGCCGCCGGGCCGGAACUUUUGCAUCGACUGCGGCGCGGCCCUCCGCGGCCCGUUCUGCGGCGAGUGCGGGCGGCGGCAACCGUCGGCGCUCCCGGCGGAGGAGGCGCUCCCGGCGGAGGAAACCCUCGCGGCGCUCCCGGCGGAGGAAACCAGCGAGGGUUGGCAACCGUCGGCGCUCCCGGCGGAGGAAACCAGCGAGGGUUACCAACCGCCAGCGCUCCCGGCGGAGGAAACCAGCGAGGGCACCCACGUGUAGCCGACUCCGCAUGCACAUCCCGGGCCCUUUUUUUGUUCCAUUAAUGUAAACUUGAAUUA